CUGUGCAUUCAUGUUGGCUGUAUCAAACACAAAUGCAGGGGUUCAUCGACUGUCACUGUCAUAUCUCAGCAGGAGAUUUUGACCAGGACAUUGAGGAAGUGAUUGAUAAUUCAAAAAGGGCUGGGGUUUCUGCGCUGCUAGCCGUUGCAGAACAUGCUGGCGAGUUUGAGAAGAUCAUUCAAUUGUCAAAAAGAUUUCCUGGCUUUAUUUUCCCGUGUUUGGGAGUCCACCCCGUACAAGGUUCCCCCCCAGCGCAACAGCGGGGGGCCACUCUGGAGGACUUGGAUGCUGCUCUGCCCCUAAUAGAGAAAUAUAAACACCAUCUCGUGGCUAUUGGAGAGGUAGGCCUGGAUUUUACCCCCAGGUAUGCCAGUAGUGACACUGAUAAAGAUGCACAGAGACAGGUGCUUGUUCGUCAGGCAGAGAUUGCCAAACAGCUUGACCUGCCUUUAAAUGUUCAUUCUAGAUCUGCUGGCAGGCCCACCAUACACCUCUUAAAGGAGCAAGGUGUUGAGAAAGCUUUGCUUCAUGCUUUUGAUGGGAAGCCCUCUGUGGCGAUGGAGGGUGUGAGAGCAGGUUACUACUUCUCCAUCCCGCCAUCCAUCAUAAGAAGUGAACAGAAGCAGAAGCUUGUAAAACAGCUACCUCUGGAGAGCAUAUGUCUAGAAACAGAUUCACCUGCCCUAGGUCCAGAAAAGCAGGUCCGAAAUGAGCCCAAAAAUAUUUCUGUUUGUGCCGAAUACAUCAGCAAGAUCAAGGGAGUCCCCUUGGAGACAGUGUUGGAGGUGACGACACAGAACGCCCUCCGCCUGUUCCCUAAGCUGAAAAUUGUCGUCAGGGUCUGACCUGCCCAGUCUGGGAGGCUCUUUACCCUUUCAUCGGACUGUGUCUGUUCUGAAGGACUUUGUUCAGUUGCUACAGUCUGCUGCUGUUACUUAUGUUUAUUGUUAAACAUUUUUGUUUAUUCUUUUAUAGCAGACGACUGCAGUGGGAUUAUGGCCUUAUAGGCCCCUGACUGCCGUGCAAAGUUGAAUAACAAGAUUACCUGGCUAACCUGGCCUACUUUUCUCAGGAAACGUCUUGCAGUAGUGCUUGCCUUAUUAAUAUAAUUAUUUUAUUAAAGUUCAAUAAUCUUUGCAUAUAAUAUCCCUUAUAAGACUAAUGUAUAAUGUAGUUUGAACAAAGUUAUACACAGAAUAUAAAGCACACAUUUAAUAUCAGCUGAUUGUAUGCAAAUUGUAUGUCUUGUUAUUGUGUUUUGGCAUACCACUAUCCAAGUUAUGAAAGCAGAUCCUUUCCAGGUCCUUUUUUUUGUCUGGUCAUUGGUUAGUUCGAUGUUUUACUAUGAAUGGUCAGGCUUGUCCACGAUUACUGACCACAGAUCAGCUAUAGCUCCUUCUGGUUCAGAUCAAGGGGGGCAUAACCAGACAAUUAAAGGAACUGAAUUACCUCAAAUGAUAGUAACUUUAAGUAGGCUACCUGUGCUUGUUCGCUCUGUUUUUGAUUGGUGAGUGGAAUAUAGUAAAUUAUGUUCUGAUGACAGUAUGGACUUACCAGUUAUGAUGACCCAUAUUUACUAGUUAUGGGUAAAUAACAAUGUUAUUUUGAAAAUUAAUAUCUGUUAAGGGUGUCUCUUUUUUUCAGUCAGAGGAAAUGAAUUAUGCUUUUUGAUUCAUAAUAGUCAAUUACCACUAGAACCAAACAUUAUGUGUUGUACAUAGUAUCUUUUAGUUUUUGGUGCUUUCAGAAUACAUUUUUAAUGGGGUUUUAUCUAUAUAUGCCUAGUAUAUUUUAUUAGUGUUAGUGGGAUCAGCCACUAGAACAUGAGGGCGCUGUUGUCAACAUGCUGCUGAUGCUGUUUGUCUGUGCAGUUUGGAGACAGACAGCAUGAGGGGAGGAAACAGUGAUAAUGCGAAGCCUGACCUGGCUGAAGCACAUGGGUGGUGACAGAGACCAGAGAGUGA